CUCGCCGAGACUAUACUUUCUCUGAAUAAAACGAUUCGCCGUGGUGGGGCCAAUCCGCACUGAGAAUAUACCGGCCUCAACCAAUCGUCGACGAGAAAACUUCCGAUUUGUCCUGUCGUCUGUCUUCACACCGUCGGUUUUUCGUGUCACCAGAGAGAAACACCAGAAAACCAGAACAAGAUAUAUAUAGUUAUAGUUUCCAUUCAAGUUCAAUAACUAACAAUGUGCCAAGCAUGUGAGGUGCUAUUAUAGUGAUGGAUUUAAUUAAAAAACCAAUCAUUGAGGAAAUACGAUCUCUAAUUAACAACAUCGUCUUUCAAUAUGCGACGAGUCAGGAAGAUUAUCGAAGGGUUUAUGUUUGGGGUUUGGCGGAACACGGAGCAUUGGGAACUUUAGGAAAAACAAGAAUAGUGGACGACGUAGCUUACAUAGGAAAGCCUAGCCGAUUGUAUUUUGGAGAGAAGCACAAAGUGGUUGAUGAUAUAGGUUGUGGCUAUGGAUUUUUUAUGUUCGGAGUCAAUUCUGACGACAGAAAAAUUGUUUAUGGCAAUGGAAUCAACACAGAUUCGCAAAUUGGUAAAUAUGACUCGGACGAACAGUACACAGCCGGAAUAAUUCCUGUCCCAAGACCCAUUCAUUUGCCAUUGAAGAGUCUUUCACUAAAAGUACUUGGACUCGCAGCGGGAAGAGCUCACUCUUUAAUUUUAACCAGUGAGGGAGUUUUCACGUUGGGCAACAACGGUUAUGGACAAUGCGGAAGGCCCAUUAUAGGAAACGAAGAAUAUGCGCAGAGUCGAGUUGUCCAUCAUAUUCCUAACGUCAAAGGUGAAAACAUAACUGGCGUUGCUGCCAGCCAGGAUCAUAGCAUUCUUUUAACAGAAAAGGGUAGAGUUUACACUUUUGGUUGGGGCGCCGACGGCCAAACUGCUCUGGCUCACUACAAAAAUGAAUGGCAACCGUCCCUGGUCAAAGGUGAUCUGACUGGUCAGCAUAUAACCAGAUUGGCAUGCAUCGCCGACUGCGUUUUGGCUUUCAGUGACAAGGGAAAAGUCUUUGGCUGGGGCAACUCGGAAUAUGGACAACUUCCAGGCAAAGGCGAUAAUCACGAAAUCAAUAUCACCACAGAAUUAGUGAUUCCUUCGGAAGUUGGGCACGUUGUUGACAUCCCUGCUGGUGGCAGUUUUUGCAUGCUCUUGAACAGCACUGGCAAUGUCUACGUUUGGGGCUACGGCAUUCUCGGAUUCGGACCUGAAGUUCUGACGGUUGACAAACCUACUCUCAUUCCUCCCACCCUCUUCGGUGCCAACCCCUACGACAAAAAUCUUAAGGUUUCGAAGAUCUGCUGCGGUAUCAGCCACCUCGGAGCUGUGACCAACACGGGCGAUCUCUACAUGUGGGGUAGAAACAAAUUCGGUUUCCUGGGCCUCGGUAAUCGAAAUGAUCAAUUUUUCCCUCUGAAGGUCGCAAUCGGAGCGCAGGUGAAAAUAGUUGCCUGCAGAGUCGACCACACAGUGACGCUGUGUAAACCCUUCAUUUGAAUAAAUUGUGGAAAAUUAUGAAAAUGAAAACAAGCAAACCCCAGAAGAAAACGUAAUUAAUAUUUUACGUUAGAACUUUAAACGAAUCAGUGAAACUCGAUUCCCCUGUAAAUAUCAGAAAAAAUAAAAAUGUAAUUUGCGAACGAAUAAAGAGAGAAAAUUUUCCAAAAAAAAUCUGAACAAUUACAUUUU